AAAUACUCAAAAAUCUGUCAAAACUUGAAAUUGAUAAAUAAAUAUUACUUUAAUUUCAUUGUUAUUUAAUGAAUUUAAUUCUUUUUGACAUUUUAUUAGUUGAAUAGAAAAUAAUUUAAAAAAAUAUAUUAUUAAGAAAAUAUUAUGUCAAGUGUUAUAAGUGUCGUGAAGUCGUGAUGAUUUAACCACCAAAUGAUUACAUCAAUUUUUUAGAAAUAAAAUUACAAAUUCUAUAUAUUUUCAAGAAUGGCACCUCCACCUGUAGUUACUGGAAUAUCACCCAAGGAAGGUCCACCAGGAACUCGUGUCACUGUUCGAGGAGAAUUUUUAGGAAAUAAAAGUCAAGAUCUUAUAGGUCUAACAAUUUGCGGCUGCGACUGUCUUCUCUCGGCAGAAUGGAAAUCGUCAAACAAAAUAAUAGCAAGAUCGGGACCAUGCAAAGGUCGUGGGGAUAUAAUAGUAACAACACGAAGUGGAGGUCAAGGCACGUCAACAGUGCAAUUUCGUGGAUAUCAUGAAACAAUUGGUCCAAUGAAAGAAUCUGCAGUUUGGGUUGAAGAAGCUCCUGUUCAAAGUUUUGUUUGGGGAAGACGAGCUCUUUCUCCCACAAAUUAUCAACAGGAAGAUCCACUGGGAUUGAGUGUCGAAGGAAAUGAGAAAAAAUUCCCGGAAGACGAACUUAUUGAAUUAUUUGGAGAUAGAACUGGUGAGUUAACUAGUGAAAAAUUUCAUCCCGGAUGGUUUCUUUUGCAAUAUCAUCAUGCAACAACGUUGGAUGAUUUAAAAGCCGGUUUAGCUUAUUUACGUCGCAAAGUUCAUUCACAAAAAGAAGGUCAAUUAUCUUUUCUAAAGGCAAAUGUUCGUUCUGUAAUGGAACAACUCGAUACAAUAAUGUUUCUUAAGGAACAAUUUGAGACUGAUGUGAAAAAAUAUGGUGAAAAUCCAAUGGAAAAAUUGGAAAAUGCAAUAAAAGAAUCAAUGUCCGAGGCAAAUAAAUUGUUUGAUGAUGUUCUUGCACGAAGAGAUAGAGCGGAUUCAACACGUAAUGCAUUGGCACUAAUGCAACGUUAUCGUUUUCUUUUUUGUAUGCCAGUUAAUAUUGAAAAAAAUAUUAAACAAGGCAACUAUGAUCUUGUGAUAAAUGAUUAUGCGAGAGUGAAAAAUCUCUUUAAAAAUACUGAGGUUGAAGUUUUUAAAAAAGUAUUAGCCGAAAUUGAAAGUAGAAUUGAAACAUUAAGGGAUAUUUUGAGAAAAAAACUCGAUGAAGUACCAUUCACAUUGGAGGAGCAAAAGAAAAUUAUUCGAAAUCUUGUUAGUCUUGAGGCUGAAGGUGAUCCUGCUUGGGACGCAAUAGUAUCGCAUGCAUCCUAUUUGGAGAAGAGCGUAAAAUUGUGUGUUGAAGAAUGUUUUGAGGCAGAAAGUGAAGAAUUAAAACAAUUGAAAUCCAAUGCAACAACACCAAUGUCAAUGAAGCAAUUAUUGAGAACAAAUAAAAAUGAUAAAAAUAGUAUUUCAUUGAGAGUUCAAUGCAUUGAAGCAAUUUGUGAAAUUAUUACCGAACAACUUCCCGAUCUUUGGCGUUUAGGACAAAGUUAUUUUACCGGACAACUUCAUGUUAGUGUUAAUGCUGAAAAACAAGGACCAUUUAAAAAUUUAGUUUUAUCGAGUAUUCAACAUGCUGUAAAUGCAAUGAAAACUGCGUACAGUACGAAAGUUGAUGCUCCUUGGCUUUUGCACAGUCUUCGAUGUAUACGUCAAAUGUACGCUUCUUUAAUUCAUUUAGAUUUGCCGAGCGAUGCUCUCGAUAUUUUUGGAAAUUUCAUAUUUGAUUUGAGAAUGCUGUGUUUAGCAUCUUUAUUUAGACAAACGGCGGAAAAUAUUUUAGCUUUACAGCGCAAAGAAAUUUGGCAAGUUGAAUAUUUAAAUGAAGACGGUGGAAUAACAAAAUUGCCGUCAUUAUUUGAAAAAAUGGUAAUGGAAGUUUCUAAAUUGGCACGAGAAACUGCAGUUGCUUGUGGACCAAGAGAAGCGCUUCUAUUGGCAAAUUUAUCGCAACAAGAAUUAUAUUACAAUUUUAUAAAAUCACUCUUCACGACAUUUACACGAUGUCUUCGACAAUUGGCUUUUAGUGGCAGUGAAGAAGCAUUGGAAGAAGAAAUUUCAUCAGUUUCACAACUUGUUAGCUCGCCCAUUGCUUAUAGAAUCAGGGAUAGUAAGCAACACGGUCCGACUUGGGAGCAGUGUUUGUUAAUAUCAUUGAGUAAUAUUCGCUAUACGUUGAAAACAAUAUUGCCACGCGUUGAGGAAAAUUUGAAAACACUAGGAUAUCCUGAUUUAUCAAUGGCCACUGGUUGGAAUUCUGAUUGGACACAAUUAGAGACACUUGAUACUGCUGUUUUGGAAGCGUAUUUAGAACGACGUUGCGAUCCACUUGUUGGUACAAUAGAGCCAAGUAUGUAUUUAGGUGAUUUAGAAUGGGAUUCAUUUUUGGAGCCAACGCAUGCUCGACCCUAUGCACAGGAGGCGCUUGCUAAUUUAAUUGCAGUUCAUGCGGAGGUUCGACGUGUCUCUCCAGGAUUAUUAAAUAGAGUUUUAUCGCACAUUGUCGAGACAAUUGCCGAAGAAUUAAAUCGAUUGAUGUCUUGUGUAACUCGUUUUAGUCCAUCGGGAAUUAUUCAAGCUCGUACAGAUAUUUAUAUGCUUUCAAAGGCUUUUGAACCAUAUAUAACUCCAAAGGCAAAAGUUUUCUUGGAAGAGGCAUUAGAAGCAAUUCCACAACCAGCCAAUCAGGAGGAUUUGUUGCGAAUAAAAUCAUUAUCAUCAAAAAUUUCAACGUCAAUGAAACUUCAACUUUAUUGUCUUGCCGAUCCAACGUUUACGAAAAAAAAUUUAGAAGAAAAAAUCACAGAAUCAAUAACAACAAUUGUGUAAAUAUAUAAAUAAAAUUGUACAAAUUUAACAAUAUAUAUAUAUAUAUAUAGUUAUAAAUAAAGAGAAAAAUUAUUUUCA